AUGAUUCAAUACGUAACACAUGAAGAACAUCCGGGACAUCCUGGACACAUCGGACACUCUGGACACGGCGAACAUGGAUCUGGACCAUCUCCAGUACCAGCGGCCAAGCAGCUUUUGAUUGCAGAGUACCCACUUCUGAAGACACCAGCUUCAACUGGCAAACUCACUCCAGUUGCUACUUCUUUCGUGGCACCAAUUCCACCCCUUACUUAUGCGGCAGCUCCUGCUGUGCUUACAUCGUAUCCCGCUUGGAGUGGACUCGCGGCUCUUCCUGCGACCUAUUCUAUUGAACAACAUGGUUAUCAUAUCACUUAUUAA